CAAGCAACUCGGCUGAAACGAUAAUCACGAAAAUGAACGUUUUACUCCAGAAACAUGGAGCUAAACAUAUAUGUAAGGUCCCGGAAGGAUUACGCGAACUAUGCACCGACAUCGCACGCGAGGUUCUACGCUCGCAACCGAGGAACAUUUAUUGCUUUGUGGCUGAUUAUGUUGAAGCGCUUUUGAUCACACGAGAAAAUGCAAAAGUCGCGGUGAAAGUCGUAAACAAUAUUUUAUUGGAGAGUCAAGCCAUCGUGGGUAUACUUCACCGGAGCGGCUUGAGUUUGGAGCAAAUCGCCCGCGCCGCGCCCAGGAUUCAGACGGCGUUCCGCGCGUACUUGGACGCGGUAGACAUGCGAGCGACCCAGGUGCGCGACGACACAAUUUCCUACGAGAGAUCCAAGGUAUCUCUGCAAAGUAUUCUGCAAGCGACGGGAGUCUCACUGAAACAGGCGGAGAAGCAUGCCACGAUAAUACAAGCUGCUUUCCGCGGGCAUUACGAGAGGAUGCUAUUAAACGAAUCCCGUGGCAUGAUUCAAUGGCAACGAGCGGCAACAAGGACCCUCGAGAUCCUGAGAAAGACAGGAGCUUCGCAAGCAGAGGCGUCGAAAGCCGCCAUUUUAAUACAAGCUACUUAUCGCGGCUAUUAUACAAGGAGAAACCUUGUAAAAAUAAAAAUGCAGGCUAUGCAACCGCAGGAGGAAGAGAAAAGAAACGAGGUAGACAUGAUAGAACCCAAAGAAGCCGUUCAAGCAGUAGCUUGGUUGGAUAUGAUGUACGAGGAAUCAGGACUGACACCAAUGAGAGCAAAUGAAGCUGCAUCCACUAUACAAAAAGCUUACAGACGAUAUCGCGAGAGAAAAAAUAACUCUAAACCGUCGGUAGAAUCAACGAGAUCGGCAGUGGCAGAAGCCAUUCUCAAAAAUUUGCAGCAGAAGGUUUUCGACGAAGUCAUGACUCGUGCGGACAUCCCCGCAGAAUUUGGUAAUCGAGAGGACUUGACGAAAGCUGGCGAAGAACUUCAACGCGCUUUUAAAGAUCGAUUAACACGUGCUCGCUUGGCACAAGAAUACGACGAGGAGGAACUUGCUUACGAAGAGGAGCCUGAAUCAUUUGAGAAAGUGGUGGACUCAAUUAGCGUGCCAGAAGAUUGGCAAGAAGAUCGAGAGAUCGAAGUAGAAUCAGAACGUGACGAAGAAACAAACAUGUACAUGUAAUAUUAGCUCUCUCGAAGAGAGAGCCGAACUUUCCGAAAGGAGGAGGGAAAAGCGUCGCGAUGCUGCGGAAUCCUUUCCAGAGACCAACGAGAUGGGCCAAUUAACAUGAAAGCUGUGGGCGAACAGUACGAGAGAAGAAACGAAACAACGAGCGUACGACCAUCACAAAGAGCCCAGCAAGCGAAAAGUCGUCUCCGGAGGCAGCCGAAUGCCGGAGACACCAUGGUUUUUAAUGCACAUGCUUACGUUCGAUAAUACCGUUAACGUGCCGCGUUUUCGUAAUGAGCUUAAAAUUCUCCAUCUCAGAUGGAAACUGGCUCUCUGGCACGUGUAUUUGAAUAA